AUGGAGGAAUCCAAACCCGUGCCUCAAAGCAGAAAGAGGCAUCUUCAACAUGAGAUUCAGGAUUCUCCCUACUACAAGAUGCGAGGACUUCUCAAAGACCUUCGCCCCCAUUUCAUUGAGGUGCUCAAGACUCAUGACUUUCGAAAUUGCAAAGCAGCUGAUGAUAUCCGUCAAGGGAUGAAGCUUCUGAUGGAACUAUACCAAGAAAAGACAGAAAACUCCGUUCAGCUGAAAAAAUGUAGCAACGGCGAUGUUGGUGAUGCCAAGAAAGCAGAGGAGCAUCAACAAGAUGCUGACAAUCCUUUGGUGGACGAUGUUACGUCUGUCCUACCUCCAGAUAGUCAGGUACAAGCAACGUACAUUGUUGGGGGUUCUGCUUUUGGGUGGAACUUCAUAACAUACAAUAGCAGCAAAGCAGUCUACUACGGUCUAACAAAGGAGGCUUUUCGAGUUCUAAAUCCCCUAGUCUAA